CAAAGCGCGCAUUGUCGCCAUUUAUUUAGGUGUGGUAAAAUUACAAAACCAUCACCUGUGGUAAGAUCCUGUCAGUCAGAGCAAACUGAAUCCAAAACCAGGAAUAAUAUACAGCUGAAUCAGACAAGCUACCAAAUCAACUUUGUCAAUAACAUAAUGGCAUCUAAUGAUGUUAUAAAAUUCCAUAAGUGUGUUGUAUGUGAUGAGAUUUUCCCACAAUAUGAUGAUUUAAAACGACACAAUAAAAUACACAUUAAACAAGAGAAAACUGAUGAUAUAGAUGGACGGAGCCAUGUUAAUGAAGAGAAAACUGAUGAUAUAGAUGAAUACUGCCAUGUUCAUUUUGAAGAAGAGAAAACUGAUAAUGUAGAUGAAUAUCGUCAUGUUAAACGAGAUAAAACCGGGGAUAAUGAAGCAGUUCAUCAGUAUGAUGAUGAAUUUAAAUUAAAAAAUAAAUUUAAAAAACCCAGUCAAUUACAACAUGAGACAUGUUUUAGCGAUUAUGAUGAAACUGGAAUACAGAGUCAAAAAAUUAAUAAUAAGUAUCCUGAAAAGGGUGUUAGUUGUGACAUUUGUAGUAAAUCAUUUAUUAAUAAAUAUUACCUGAUACGUCACAUGGCUUCUCAUGCUGGAAAUAAACCUCUUGAAUGUGAUGUUUGUAAUAAAACAUUCACUCAGAAUGUUGAUUUACAUAGACACAUGAAAACUCAUUCUGAUAAAAAACAUGGAUUCACUCCGGGUGUCGAUUUACAGAAACACACGAGAAUCCAGACAGGAGUAAAACCUCUUGAAUGUGAUGUUUGUAGUGAAUCAUUCACCCAGAAUGUUGAUUUACAGAAACACAUGAGAAUUCAUUCGGGAGAAAACCCUGGCGUUUGUAGUGAAUCAUUCACCCAGAAUGUCGAUUUACAGAAACACAUGAGAAUUCAUUCGGGAGAAAACCAUGAAUCAUUCAAUGAGGAUGUCGAUUUACAGAGACACAUGAGCAUUCAUAUUGAUGAGAAACCUUUCGAAUGUGAUGUUUGUAGUAAAUCAUUUAGUCUGGAUGUCGCUUUACAGAGACACAUCAAAACCCAUUCGGGAGAAAAACCUUAUAUUUGUGGCGUGUGUGGCAAGUCAUUUUCGCGGAGUUCGAGCCUCACUGAUCACAUGAUCAUUCAUACAGCCGAGAAACCCCACCAAAAGCCUUAUGAAUGUGUUGUUUGUCGAAAAUCGUUUUCUAGGCGUCGUAAUUUAAGACAACACAUGAUUACCCAUACUACAGAAAGACCUUAUGAAUGUGAUGUUUGUGGCAAAUCGUUUGCAAGAAAUGGCAACCUGAAGGAACACAUGGUCAUCCAUACUCAGGAAAGACCACAUCAAUGUGAUUUUUGUAAUAAAUCAUUUUCUAGAAGUGGAACUCUACAAACACACAGGAGGAGAAUCCAUACAGGUGAGAAGCCCCAUCAAUGUGAUGUUUGUGGUAAAUCAUUCGCUGAAAGUUUCGAUCUGUUGAGCCACAUUAGAAUCCAUAAUGAAGAGAAGCCGUAUAAAUGUGAUGUUUGUAGUCGAUCAUUCGCUGAAAAUACUCAUCUAUUCAGUCACAUGGCAACCCAUACAGGUGAAAGACGUUUUAAAUGUGAUGUUUGUGGUAAUUCAUUUACUAGAAAUAGUCAUCUACAGGAACACGUGAGAAUUCACACCGGUGAAAAACGUUAUCAAUGCGAUCUUUGUAUUAAAUCAUUUUCUAAAAGUGGCACUCUACACACCCACAGAAUGAGGAUUCACACCGGAGAAAGGCCUUAUAAGUGUGAUGUUUGUGGUAGAUCAUUCACUUCCUGUUCUGAUCUUGUGAAACACACAAGGACCCAUACAGGUGAAAAACCUUAUAAAUGCGAUGUAUGUGGCAAAUCAUUCACCUUGAGUAGUAAUCAACAGCGCCACCUGAGAACUCAUACUCAAAGGAUUCAUACUGAGCAGCAGCCUGUAUAAAUGCAACAUGUUGUAAUUCACUAUGGCAAUCAAAUUAGAAAAAUAUUACCUAAUUCUCUCACAUGUUUGGCAUGCACAUAAAAGAUCCUUUGGCAGUUGGAAUUCGAUAUAAGAGUAGGCGGUAGUGCCGCUGUCCGGCCAAAAUUUCACUUAUAGCACACUGUAUGGCGUAUGUCCGUCUUUUUUAGCCCAGUUAGGAGCAGAACAGUAGGAUGUUAAACCCCAUUUUUUUUUAUUUCUCCCAUGUUUGCUGAGAAAGUUCUUCUGGACUUUCCGACAUGGUUUUUCUCUUGUCACUGGUGCAAGGAACAGAAUUGAGAACGUUAAAUCCCAUUUCAUUUCUUGUAGUAAUAAAAACCUCCCUCAAACAUGAUUUACAUAAAUUUGUAAAUAAUUGAAAUAAAUAGAAAAAUCUAACUAUUUGUUUUAACUUGUGGUUUCAAAUCCUCAGUUGUACGUGACAAGGAGUAGGGUUGCCUGUCCAACCUUGUGGGUUUUCUCCCGUUUCCUUAAAGGGCUAAUCCCGAUAAUUUUUUGGAGAAUAAAACUGUUUAAUUUUGUUUUAAAAUCACUUAAAAUCCUCUACCUGAGGGCCGAGCAACUAACUCGAUAUUUGUGAUAAGUUUUCAAAUAACUGAAACCCGUCAGUCUUCUUGUGGUAAUGGAGACCAGUAUCCAAAGCUGUAUUAUGCAGUGUCUAGAAAAAACCAGACAUUUUUUGUAUAAAAAUAAUGUGUAGAAU